AGGAACCAGUGGAAAGGAGCUUGGCAAACCAAGAUGGCGACCCACGAUGAAGCAGGAAAGAGGCUUCAGUAUAAAUAAAACUUAUUCAUAAAACAGUUUAAAUUGAAGUGCCACAUCGACUACGCGUCGUUUGGAUUUUGAACGAACAGGACGGAGCAGAAUCAGGUAUGAGAGAGUCUCUAAAUGGCUGCGAGGAAACCUGGAUCAGAUGUAUACAACAAUGGACCCAUCAGUUACCUUGAUGAUGUUCCCUUCAAGAUUAAUGACAAGUUCCGUUGCCCAGCCAAAGUUGGACUCCCUGUGGGCUUCUGCCUGCCAGACUGCAGCUCCUUGCUGGUGGACACACAGUAUGACUUCUCACUGGAGAGGCGUAGUGUGCGCUGGGGGGUUGAGCUGGCUGAGGCCAGAGCAGCAGAGGCCAGGGCGGAGGAGGCAGCGGCGGCCCAGCAGGAGGCAGAGAGCAAGGAGUGUUUGGCUCAGGCCGAGGACAUUAAUGGUGGUGGGGUGAAAAAGCCUGGGCCUGUUGCAGAAGACCAGGACCCUCCACCACCAGCAUUAAACCCAGUCCUGGCGGGACUAAGCCACAAUGCCAUCCUUACUCCACUGCCUGCCCCGAGCCUGGGCCCCAGGAAAACUCAGCCUACCACGCCUCAGUUGCACAGCCUCAACUUAGCUGACUUUGAACGGGAGGAAGACCCCUUCGAUAAACUGGAGCUUAAAACUCUGGACGAUAAAGAGGAGCUCCGAAGCAUCCUCCAGAGCCAGCCACAACCUCAGCCACCUCCUUCUGUAUCACCACCAGAGGUCUCCCAGUUAGGGUCGGCUUCCCGUGGAAGCAGCCCAUCUCCUCCAAGCACCAACAACACCAGCCUCUCUACCAAACCUGGCUUUACCCACAAACCCAAUGGGUUGGUUGCCUUGCUGGACAUGGACAGAGUUGGGAGUCCUGGGAGAGCAGGCUUUGGUACAGACGAUCGGCCCUGUAACAUCCGUUCUCUCACUUUUCCCAAACUCUCUGACUCUGGUGACCCUGACCCAGUGACGUACAGUCCUCUCCCUGUACCCAUUCCCUCUGCCCGACAAAAUCUACCCAAUGGUAGCCCACCCACUAUUCCCAAAAGUCAAGUAAUUGUUGCCCCUGAGCCAACCAGCUACAACAAGAGUGGUGCACCAAAACCGGCAAAUCCGGGAUCAGGACCUGCUGGCUUACCCUGUGGUGGAGCCCUGCUCAGCAUGACCCCCAGUGAGCGCCAGUGUGUAGAAACACUUGUGAGCAUGGGCUAUUCUUAUGAGGGUGUUCUACGAGCCAUGCAAAGACAAGGGCAGAACGUGGAGCAGGUACUGGACUAUCUUUUUGUUCAUGGACGUUUGUGUGAGCGGGGCUUUGAUGCAAGUGCAGUUGAGGAAUGUUUAGAAAUGUACCAGUGCUCAGAAGAAAAGGCCUUGCAGUUUCUUGAGCUGAUGUCAAGGUUUGGUGAAAUGGGAUUUGAGCGUGAAGCCAUUAAAGAGGUGCUGCUGGUCCACAACAACGAUCAGGACAAGGCUCUGGAGGACCUGAUGGCUCGAGCUGCAGCUAGCUGAGGCCAGCUAAACAGCCAGUCAAUGCCCAGUUCAGGGCUUGCCUCCAGCUACCAUCCAACACAGCCCCUUUCCUUCUGCCUUCCCCAUCACACCAUGCCCUGCCCUCGCCUUAGCUGCAGAAGGGACAGCUGGGAGACAGUUGUAUUUCUCUCUGCUAAAACAUAUUGUGUCUCAGCACUUCUUAAAGACUGUGUGCCUAGAGUGGAGCAAGUCAAAGUGUAGAAAAUGUUUAAUGGUGGUGUUCUUUUCCUAAGAAAUCGGGUUAAGUUCCAAGACUUGGUACUGCUAGGGUUUCUAAGAUGGGAAAACUGGGCUGAAAAGAGGGAUGUCAUUCUGAUUUGCUUCCACCUGAAAGUGUUUAUAUGACUGUUGGCAAGGCUAAAAGAUUGAAUGGGGAGGAACUGGUGACAGGUUCUAAGUGCAUCACAGAAUACCCAGGUUGAACUUUGGAAACUCCCAAACAACUAAGCUGCCAUCUUCCACUGCUCAGUGCAGACGCAGUAAAUGGUGGAGGGAAUCGGGGGGCCUUGAGGAGGCUCCCUUAAAACUGAACCAACAUAACAAUUUUAAGACAAAAGAGAAAAAAUGGUGCAGUCACCAGACAGAGAACUGACUCAAGAAGUGCCCUCUCUGCUUUGGUACCUUGCACUUAGCUCUGUUCUUUAUGCUUUCAGUCAUGUUUGUUUUUCUGUUCAUACAGGCACUUUUUCAUGACAUUUUGGAGAUUCAGUUUCUUUGCUUUCUGCAUAGUAGAUCUGUAGUUGUAACUCAAACAUAAGGGUUACUGGUGCCACAGUAUACUCUUUGACCUGCACUGGAAUGGCAAGAGGAGUCUGGAUAGAUGGGGAGGUUUCCUCUGUAGGAAAUGAAAAGAAAUAUCCCUCAUCCAUAUAACACCGAUGUGUCACGUACCGCACAGGCACACACGCGACUCAUUAUUACCAACUUAUUUAAAAUAUUACACUGACACUUUCAUGUAAAAAUAAAGAGUUUGAUAUGAAAAUGUAAGAUAUGUUAACAUUCACAAGUGACACUUUUAAUUGUCAUGGACUUCUGUUUGCAGACUGGAAAAGAGUGAGUGGUUUAAAAAAAAAAGAAACAAAAUGUAAGUGAGGGUUGUUUCUACAGCCUCAUCACAGUGCAAUAGAGACAUUUCAAAUUGUGUGAGUGUUGACUGGCAUUUUGAGCCUCAGUAGUUAUUGGGAGACAAGGAAUGGUAUUCAAGCCUUGCUGGAAAUUUGGACGUAACUCGCAAAGGUUUAAUUUCAUUGAUUACUAUUAUUUCAUCUGUUUUUCGAUUUCAUGCCACAACAUCUAAUCAUACAGAGCUUUGUUUAUUGAGAUAUCCAGUUUUAUCUCUCAUGUAUUUGAAAAGUGUGCACAUCCUUCAGAUCACUGGCCUCUUCAUAGUCUUAAAUGGAAAGUGAAAGAGUCUCAACAUGCCAAAAGGAUUUCCUUUCUUUUCUUUUUUUUUUUUUUUGUAUCACUGUGUAAUGAGCAGUAUUGUUUUAUUUUGCUGUAAGAUUAAUGGACUUUCUCCAUGCUACAUAUGCCUGCUCAGUUGCAUCAAGGUGGCAAAGAAAUUCCAGAAUCUUGAACUGUGAGGUACUGAUGGGGAUUGUGAGACGCAUGGCAACAGAUCAAGGGCUUAAAGUGUGAAAAAUGUGACUGAGGACUGGCAUUGUGUUUGUGCCAGGUCUAGUACUUCCCAUGUUCCACAAGUACAAAAUUUAAACAUUUCUCUAUUUUAGAGAUGGAGAAGAUUGGAAAUUAUAUUUACAGUUAUUUGCUCAUGUGGGCAUAAUAAUUUACUUAUUUGAUAAGAAAUAUCAGCAAUUGAUGUGUCUAAGAUGCAAAGUACCACCUUCCAGUACCCGGACAUCCUUUCCCUGUCAGGCAUGGUGUGAAAUGACUUGACAGUAACUCUUAUGUUCUGUUUAUAUUAUGAAAUCAGACUACAGUAAAAUCUGAUUAUAUUUGUCAUCUCCAUGACAAAUAUUGACAUUAUGGUAGACAAAUGAGUGGUUUUACUUAGUUCUGUUUUUAGUUGCCUUUCUUCUUGAUUUACUGUGAUAAAGAUGCAGGGCACACAGUUUCCCUACAGGUAAACACGUGUGAUAUUAUUGCCUCCAUACUUAACUCAAGUGUGGAUUCACUUGCCUCUCCUGUGAUAGCUAUACAAGUUAACAUACAGUAUGGUGUUCUGGAUGUCCUCUAUCAAGGCUUCCUCCUGUUUCUUUUUGGAUCCUCUAGUUUUGUGGGUAUGAACUGUAAUUUGGUUGUCAUUAUUUAAGGGAUCAAGUUUAUAAGUUUAGGAGCUGCUCUAUAAUUGAACAUGGGGUUCUAAUGAGUCUAUGAACACCAACGUAACACAAUGGUAUUUAAACAGAAAAUGAGUGAGCGGAGUGGUGUUUCCCAAGCUCCUGAUAUGUAAUUUGCAAAAUUUCCUCCUGAAUGAUAUGAAAGUUCCACAUGAUUAAAUGUGCACAACUUUUAAUUGUGAGCCUGGUGAUUACUUGUGGCGCUCCCUUUUCAACUUAAUUUGACAAUGGGUAAUUUCUCAAGAAGGGUCACAACAGAUUGAAUGUAUUGACAAUGAAAGCUGAUGAGAAAGUACAACUCUCCUGCUCUCCUA